AGCUGCUCUCUGUCUGUACAGCAGCCAGGUCUGUGCGGCGCGGUGCACGCCGGGAGCGCCUCCCCAGCCAACAUGGCGUCUCGCUGACAGUUGUGCUGCAGCUCAGGUCCUGCUCACCAGUUUGUGUGCCACCCGGGGGCCUCUGGGAGAGCUCCUCCCGCCCUACCCGGGGCUUCGGUGACGGUUCACUGCUGGUGUCGUGUGGGCAAGGGCAGAGUAGCUAGGCAGCGGUCGCCACACCCUGCAGUGUAUGUGUGCCUGUGAUGCUGCGGGUCACCGGGUGUCAGUGAGAGACAGGGGAUGAGGGAGCGGCCCCGGGGGCUGGGGAGGAAGACAUGGGAUCGGUGACGGCUGGAGAUUCGGCUCAAUGGCUGUCGGUGAAGGAAGAGACUAUCUUUCUACAUGAUGGACUGAUUCGGGUCACUGACUUGGCCGAGCUCCCGAGUGAGAUCGGGGUUGCAGAAGCCGGGGACACGGACCUGGAGAUUUUAACAUUUGAGACCAAGAAUCCUACAGAGUUAGCAGAACGCUUGCGGGCAGUGUGUGGGAACCAGAGCAAUGCUUAUGCACGUUUACUUGAGUACCGUCUCAAUGCCUUGCGUGGAUUAUGGAAUGCACAGCGCCAGUUGGCAAUGGAAGAACAGCAUGAGAGGGAGGGCUCCGAUGAUGAAACCCUGGCAUUGCUGAAGCGACAAGGCCUUUUACAGCAGCCAGAACAAGCUCCUUUUACAUCUCGAAUGGGACUCUUGCUGGUAUUUCCUCUCAUUCAAUCUCAGAGUAAAACAGACCCCUCACUUUGUAAUAUAACAGCUGAGGUGCUGUUGAAUUGCCUUCGGGACUGUCAGCCUUUGAGCCUAACUAAAGAACCAGCUGACUGCUUAAAUGGAAUUGAGUCUCUGCUUUGUUCCUGGUUGGAAGACACGUCUACUUUGGGCCAGCAUGUACCUUUCAAGCAGAAGGAAAACUCUGCUGCAGCUCUGGUUGCUUUGGCAUGUGCUAGGGGAUCAUUGAAGACCUUCAUUCAUACUGUACAUUUGCUACAAAAACAGACUGAUUUAGGAUCUCUGCCUGUAGCAGACGUAUUGUAUAGGUUGCUGCUUCUAGAAGGAGGGCCAGGAUCUCCCUCUUGUUUACUGGGAAGCAAGCACAUUGUAUCCUGGGGUUUUGAAGAUAUGCUUCCAGCUCCUGAUGGGUCCAGUGGUUCAAAUAAUGAGAAUAAAGAUGUGGAUUUAGGUCGCUGCUUGUCAUCAGACGGGCUUUACCUCUAUACAACUAACUCAGUGGGCAGAGGCUUGAGCAAAUUGGGCUCUGGACUGCACGGCACUUUACGAGGUUUUGUUUACUGUCGAAAUGAGGAGCUGGAAGCUGGUUGGAUUGCCUACGGAAGUGGAAAACUCCUUCACAGACCAGUUUCUUUUGAUAACAAGCCUCAUUUUAUUUUCCAGAUAAUCGAUCAGCAUACCCUUCAGAUCUCUCAGAUAAUCACCAUGCCAGCCAAUCAUUUUCCUGUCGGUAGCAAUAUGACAACAGUGCACCUAUCCUCAGAUGGCACUUACUUCUACUGGAUCUGGUCUCCAGCAAGCCUAAAUGAGAAGACUCCAAAAGGCCACUCUGUUUUCAUGGACAUCUUUGAACUAGCUGUGGAAAAUGGCGUGCACAUGGCAAGCCCUCUUCAUGAGCGCAUCAUACUAAUGAGAAAAGAGGGGGAGUCUGCAAAAAGUAUAAAUGAAAUGCUGCUCAGUAGAUUGUCCAGAUACAGAGCUUCUCCUUCAGCAACUCUAGCUGCCCUCACUGGAUCAACUAUUUCCAACACACUGAAAGAGGACCAAACUGCAGCAAAUACAAGCUGUGGUCUGCCACUGAAAAUGUUAAGAAAGACGCCAAUGUAUACAUGUGGCACAUACCUGGUACUUAUUGUACCACCCCCUGGAGGUUCUGGAAGUUCAGCCACACGAUCCCUAUUUGGUGGAACAAGUGGCUUGUCAUCUCUAAAAAUUCUUGCUUCCAGCCUUGUGUUUAACAUUUCUGAUGGGCAGUUCACAAACCGAGCUGACCUUAUUGAUGCUGCUGGCAGCUCCCUUGGACGUGGGGCAAUAGUGACCGGACUUGGUGCUUGUUAUGAUACUAUGAAUAACAUGAUCUGGACCUGCUCCAAUGAUUACAUUGAUCAGUGGUGUAAUCCAGGGAACCAGGCUUUCCAUGUUGUGUGCCAGAGACUAGGCGUCACUCACAUUAUUGCUGACCCCAAAGGGGAGGCUGUAACCACCAAUGAGGUUAUAAACCAAUUACUUCAUCAUGUGGGUGCAAUGUGUAUUCACCAGCUCAAUCUCCUGGCUAACAGCAACAGCUUACCCAUCACAACCUUCCUGGGCAAACAGCAUCCAAUUGAAUCGCACCAUCUGAGCAGCAUAUGUGACAUCAUGGAGAAAGCCAUGGUCAAUGGGGAUAAAUGUAUCAUCCGCUGUAUCCUUGUGGUGUUUCAGGUGGUAUUCAAAUUUUUCCUUAACCCCCAAACUGAGAAGAACAGAGAGACCAUCCGUAGGGCUGGAUUGCUACUGUGGCAGUUGCUUAUGGCACCAAAGGACCAAAUCUGCCCUGAAAUACAGAAGGAGGUCUGCUUGGCUAUUAGCUUUGGUUUAAACAUCUUGAACCCAGGAGAGCUGGAAAUCAAUAACCUACUUAAGCUGAUUCUGACAGAAGGUGACAGGAAUUGCGGACUUUCCCAACUCAAAGAUGUUAUUUUGACAAACCUGACUGAGCAGUUACAGAAUAACAGGUUUGGGAGUGAUGAAGAUGAACAUUACAGGCUAAAUGAUGAGCUAUUGCACUAUAUUUUGAAGAUUGUUGUUCGUGAAUCUUGUGUUCUGAUCACCAAGUGCCAAACUGUGUCUAAAGAAGAAUUCCAAAGACUCCUAUCAACCGUGCCUGUUGCCUCUCCAUGCCUGCGUUAUCUGAUGGCUGUACAAAAUCACUUCCUUAGUAACACUGUCUUAAUCAAACCUGAUGAGAAUGAUGAUAGUGACAGCUCCCUCCAGGGGGAGACAUUGAAGGUACAGGAACUGCAGACUAGCAUUUUGGGUCUGGCAACCCAAAUAUUAACUGGGUGUGAUGAAGUUCUGGAAAUGCUACAACGAGCCACAACCGCUCUUAUCAACAGUGAUCUUCCAGACAGAGAUAUUAGAUUAAAAGGUUUAGAGCAAAUCACCAAGUCCACGAUGCUUGGCCAUCUUCUCCCAGUCCUUCUGACAUCCCUCAUGCACCCCAACCUACAGACCUUGAUGAUGGCAGAUGCCCUGAUGCCCCAGUUGGUACAGCUUGUUCUCUACACAAGUCAGACUGCCUUGCUACUUAAAACCCAGUGUACAGUUUUGGCAGACAUUGGUAAUUCUCCAAGUGGAAUUUCAGAACAAAAAAGCAAAGUAUUGGCAGAUGACAGGAUGUUGGAAGAGAAGGAGGAGCCUGGUUUUCUGACCGGACUGAAGAUCCCGGCUCCAUGGGCUGCAGGAAAAACUGUAGAAACAGCUCAUCCUGUCAGAGACAACUACAAGUUUAAGGAGAGUGUUCACAUACCUGGAGCCCGUUGUCUGUAUCUCCGCUUUGACAGCAGGUGUUCUUCACAAUAUGAUUAUGAUAAGCUGGUGAUCUACGCUGGUCCCAAUACAAACAGUCGGAAAGUAGCAGAGUAUGGAGGAAAUACACUUGGCUAUGGAAGUAGAAGUGUAUUGGGCACUGGUUGGCCAAAAGAUUUGGUGAAGGUAGAGGGCGACACCGUCACAUUUUCUUUUGAGAUGAGAAGUGGCCGUGAGCACAACACGCCUGAUAAAGCAAUGUGGGGCUUCUCUUGCACUGUCAGAGCUCAGGAAUCCUCAGAAGAUGUAUCUGGAGGGUUACCAUUUCUGGUGGACCUGGCUUUAGGAUUGUCUGUAUUGGCUUGUUCCAUGCUUCGGAUAUUGUACAGUGGUCCAGAGAUCACAAAAGAAGAGUUGACUUGUCAUGAUCUUCUGAGGUCAAAGCUUUUACAGAGGUGUCAGUGGCAGGUAGAAGCCAAUGGUGCGUUGUCCCCAGCACUGACUCCAAGUCCAUCUCCACUGCCUCUUACCAUAGACGAAGAUCGAGAGUUUACCUAUCCUUCUGACAUCUUAUUGCCCCCAAUCGGCAAUUACUUUGAGCUUCCCAGAAUCAGGCUUCCUCCUGGUAUCAUGAUAAAACUCAGAGAAAUAUCUGGACGUGCCCGACCUCAAUUCAGACCAAGUAUAAAGGAAGUAAUCCAGCCUGAUGUGAUGGAGGAGAUGGUAGUGUCCUGUGUCAUUAAGCACUUGAAUUUGGUUGAUGCCCUCCAGUCCUUGAUAAACUAUCAGUACAGAGAAGAACAUCUUGAGGAGUAUGACUUGCUGUGUAAAAUUAUGGGAGAAACAUUCAAGAAACUGAACGCAAUGGAAAGACAAUUACAGAGUGUUGCUGAGCUGGAACAGAAAUGGCAGAGUGAGGUGGAAGAUGCAUUGCAUGGAAAGCUGGAAAACAAUGCUCCCUUCUUCUAUGACUAUCACUUCAAUGAAAGCAAAGUAAAAGAAUUGGAGCUGUUAUGUUCAAUGAAAGAAAUACUCAUUGAUGGAAGUGAUCCUGAGAAUAUGGUUUUCUCUCUCAGGGAGAAGUUUUUCCAAGAGGUAAAUUCCCUGACUCAAAAAGCCUCACAUCCUAUGGCAAAAACAAAAACACUGGUGAAGAGCUUGAUGAAUCGAGCAGAGUUAUUACUUCAUGUUACUAUUGCCGCACAAUCUGGUAUUACUAGAAGUAUUUCUGGUACACCUACAGAGCCUCCAGCAUGUAAAUCUACAUCUGAGGCUAAGGUGAUUUCCAACGCAAUGCGUCAACCGGUCUUCUUGCGCAGCAUGUCAGCACCCUCUGAUCUAGAAAUGAUUGGAAGCAAUGACCUGGAGUUCAGCAGAUCAAAUCCACGAAGACGGAAUGUAACCAGUCACAGGAGCAGCUCUUUCACUCUGCUGCAGUCUCUGGCUGUGGAAGACAGCAGAGAUAAACCAACAUACAGUGUUUUGUUAGGUCAGCUGUUUGCAUUCAUUGGAACCAAUCCUGAUCAAGCGGUAUCCAGCAGUAGCUUUUUGCUUGCUGCUCAGACAAGAUGGCGUCGUGGGAAUACACGUAAACAAGCCCUGGUGCACAUGAGAGAGCUGCUGACUGCUGCUGUCCGAGUUGGAGGAGUAACACACCUGGUUGGGCCAGUUACCAUGGUGCUACAGGGAGGACCAAGGAUUGAGGAGCUCACAUGUGGGGGGAUGGUGGAACAAGUGCAGGAAGCUUUUGGGGAGACCAUGACUUCAGUGGUGUCACUCUGUGCUCGCUAUCCUAUUGCCUGUGCUAACAGCAUUGGCCUAUUGUGCACCAUACCUUAUACUAGGAGCGAAGAAAAGUGCUUGGUGCGCAGUGGAUUAGUGCAACUCAUGGACCGAUUGUGCAGCCUGAGCAACCAGGCAGAGUCCAGCUCCAGUGAAAAACAGACCAAAAAACAGAAAGUGGCGACCAUGGCAUGGGCAGCCUUCCAGGUGCUGGCCAACAGAUGUGUAGAGUGGGAGAAGGAAGAAGGUGGUUCCACAGAGGCCGUACAUUCUGGUUUAGCUCGACAGGUGUCCACCCUUUUAACCAACCAUCUGGCACGAGCCACCGAAUGUUGUGGAAACCAGGCUGCUGGAAAUGAUGCUUUGCAAGAUGUUCUCAGCCUCCUGAAUGACCUUUCUAGGAGUCAAAUAGGUAAAGCAAUACUCAGCCAGCCAGCUUGUGUCUCCAAGCUUCUGUCGCUACUGUUGGAUCAACGCCCUUCCCCAAAGCUUGUCCUCAUCAUCCUUCAGCUGUGCCGUGCUGCCCUGCCUCUGAUGAGUGUGGAGGACUGUGGUAAUGUGGAGCUUCCCCCUUGGAGCUACUCUGUAUCCUCCCUGAACAGUGAGCAAGAAGAUCCCAGUGAUCCAGCCUCGAAGAUUGCAUCCUUGUUGUUGGCUAAACUAGCUGACUAUGUUGUCCCAGGAUGUCAGACUGUACUUUCUCCCACUGCCUCUGAGCCAGACAAUAACUUAUCUAAAAGCAGUCCAAAGAGUUCUCAGAAGGGGGAUAAGGAUUCUGGGGAAGAGAGUGAAGCAGUAGACGGCAAGCUGUCAAUUUUUAUCCACAAACGAGAAGAUCAGUCUUCUCAUGAAGUCCUGCAGCCUUUACUGAGUAGUUCAGAAGGACGACCCUUCCGUCUUGGCACUGGUGCAAACAUGGAAAAAGUGGUGAAGAUGGAUCGAGAUAUGACUAAAAGUGGAUGCUGUGAAGUAAUCACUGAAGAAUCGUCUGCUGCUCUCCGGAAAGCCACCAAAUGGGCCCAGUCUGGUCUUAUAGUUAGCGUUGGGCCUCCAGUUGAAAUAGUGAGCCCAGAAGUUGCAAGCAACCUUUCUACUGGAGACAAAAAGAAAACUGCCCAAACCUCCAUCUGCAGAGAGAGAAACUCAGAGCUUGCUAGAACUGAUCCUGUGCGUCCUUUCAUUAGUGGGCAUGUAGCAAAUAGCAUGGCUGCAGAAGUCAUUGCUCUACUUCACAGUUUGCUGAUGGCCCCAGAGUCUAAUGCAGCACAGAUAUGGACAACAACUGCAGAAAAGGUUCUUUCCCGUGCCCUAAUGCAUAUACCACAGCUGGGCAAGUAUGCUGAGAGCAUUUUGGAGAACGGGAGUGGUAGUGGCAGAAAGCUGGCCAAACUACAGGGCAUAGCAAGGCAAGCUGUUGCUGCUCUGUGUGCUCUAGGAGGGUUCAAGGAGACUAUUAAAAUAGGUUCAGAAGUCCAGGUGCUUGGUAAAGGUGUAUCGGGAAGUAUUGGAGUAGUUGUAUCCAUUAAUGAACAAGAAGGUAUUGCAACUGUGAAAUUCCCGCCUCUAGAUUUUAGAAAAUCUUCCAAGUCAUCUGACACACUGACUAUCCCAUUGUUUAGACUCUUUGUUCCACGCUCAGAGGCAUUGCCUCUUCAUAAACUGUCCAUUACUGAGAAGGUAGUGCAGGCAGUCCAGUCCAUGUUACUCCCCCAGGAGGGAUGCCUGUCUAUUCACACCUCACUUCCUGCAACAGGAGACGCCUCAACUCCAGUUAUGGCAGUGGUACGCCUUCUUGCAGAGAUCAGGACAAGAGCUUGCCUGGUCAUGGCUCAGCUGUUAGAGGACAGUUCAUUUUGUGAAGAGUUCAUUCAGCAGUGCCCCGCUGCAGUAGAAGUACUAAACCUGGUAGCACAGGAAUGUAGUGCAGGUGAGCGUCUUUCUGUGGUUGAAGUACAAUGUGAAAGACUGCGAAUGCUGUAUCGGGACUGCGCUCGUCCACCACCACCCCCUCUCCAGACUGAGCGCAGGCAGCCAAAAGAGAUUACCUGGAGCCCAUCCCGUGUUUUCCCACCAGUUCGAGCCUGCAUGUUUUCAUCACAUCUGACAGCUGUCACUUUUCUGGCAGACCCAAGUGCAGGAGGAGGUUUGCCACGGGGAACAUUUAUCUAUGCAACGUCACCUGUACCAGUACAAGCUCCAUCUUUUUACUGGGAGAUUGAAAUAGUUUCAUAUGGAGACAUAGAUGAUGACACUGGUCCAAUUGUGUCAUUUGGCUUUGCAACAGAAGCUGAAAAGCGGGAUGGUGCAUGGACUAACCCUGUGGGUACAUGUCUGUUUCACAACAAUGGACGAGCUGUACAUUACAACGGGUCCAGUUUAUUGCAGUGGAAGAGUGUGCGGUUAGAUGUGGCUCUAUCACCUGGUGAUGCUGCUGGUAUCGGUUGGGAGAGAACAGAGGGCACACCUCCACCCCCAGGUCAGCCUGCCAAGGGCAGAGUUUACUUUACCUACUGUGGUCAAAGGCUUGGACCCUUCUUAGAAGAUGUGUCAGGAGGAAUGUGGCCAGUUGUGCAUAUUCAGAAAAAGAAUACAAAAAUCCGGGCAAAUUUUGGAUCACGGCAAUUUGCUUUUGCAGAGGGGCAGGCGCAUCGCAAUGCUGCCGAUUUAUGUAUCGACUUGGCUGAAGAGAUAAGUGCAAAUUUUGAGGCUUUGCCAUUUGCCAUGGCAUCUGAUAGUGACAACGAUGCUGGAACUAGCAUUGCAUCUGAUCCUGGGACCCAUGGACCUCCAUGCCGCAUUGCUGCAGCAGCAACUGUGUUACAGCAAUAUGACAGCGAUGCUUCAUGCCGAUAUAAGAUGGAACUGAGCUUUGAAAAUUUAGUUACUUCUGGUCCUGAUCCACAUCCUCCACCUAUUGCAGAUGAUGAGAGUGAUGAUGAUGACGAUGACGACGUACCACGGGAAGAUCACUAUGCUUUACUCGUCAAAGCCUGGGAGACCAAAGUCUUUCCAACAAUUCGGAGACGUUUUCGCAAUGAGGCCGAGAGAAAAUCCGGACUGGACCAGAUUAAGGGAGCUCUGCAACUUGGAAUGGUGGAUAUCGCACGGCAGACAGUGGAGUUUCUGUAUGAGGAGAAUGGUGGCAUCCCGAGAGAUCUCUACCUUCCUACCAUCGAGGACAUCAAGGAUGAGGCAAAUAAAUUCACUAUAGAUAAAGUUCGCAAAGGGCUCACUGUCGUCAUUCGAUCUCCUGACACCAACAAUGUUCCAAGUACUGCUGUGGGAACUUCUUUGCCAAAAUUUGCAAUCAGGGGCAUGCUAAAAACCUUUUCCCUGCAUGGGGUGGUCCUGGAUGUGGAUUCGGUAAAUGAGUUAGUGCAAGUAGAGACCUAUCUGCGGAGUGAAGGGGUCUUAGUGAGAUACUGGUAUCCCAUAGAUAUGCUGGAGAGACCUCCUGCUGGAUACAGAAGAAUGGCCACCAAUGGUUUGGUGACUUUGGAUAGCGCAAACAUCCAAAUUCACAGGGAGCUGCUGAGAUGUGAAUCUGCCCUUGCCAGACUGUACUGCCGUGUUGCUUUACUCAAUAUCUUUGCGCCAAAGUCUCCACACACUUUUACUCGCUUAUUCCACAUUCCAGCCAUCCGUGACAUCACCUUGGAGCAUCUGCAGUUGUUAUCAAACCAACUUCUGACCCCUCCCCUACCUGAUGGUACCAUCAGCUCCUCCUCUAUUCUUAUAGGACAGUCCUUGCAACAUUGCUUCCAUUCCCAGGACUGCUCUACCACCAUACUGUUCUACCAGGGCAAUGCUCAGGCAAUCAGAGAAUGGCUUGGUGUGGCCAUCACAAGGGCCCUGCAUCAGGGAGAAGACAGUCUUCUGGAUUUAACAAAACAAAUAUGUUCCUUCUUGCAGCAUGCCCCAGAGCAGUUUCCAUUAGAAGAAUUCCCAAUCACAGAAUCCAAAGUCAGUAUGGAUGUGACUUUCCCUGGAGCAGCCUUUGUUGUGGUAUCUUGCAAAGAAAGCCAAUCUGGAUUCCGCAAAGACUCCUCUUUAUACAAAGCUCCGUGGGCUCGAGUUUUCCUGUAUGGUCUUGGCCAUAAAGUAAAGCGAAAUGGACAACUGAAUUUAAUAGAAUCUGUGUGUUAUCCACGAGAUGCCUCUCCCAGUAACACAGGCCUCACACCACCACCAACCACGAACCAGUACCCAACAGCGAUCAUUCCCACUGACAAGAUUCAUGUCAAGCUAGGAGUGUCUCCUGCGCCAGGAGCUGUUCUGGUUUUUCAUUCUCUACCCCUGGAAUUUCCUCUCGCAAUGGCUUUCACAGAACAGCUCUUAUCAUGGAAACUAGAAGAUGGGGAUGAGAGAUCAGAAGAUGAACUGGAUACCAUCCCAUCUUCUGUCCUAUUGCAAGUGGUGGAACUUAUAGGAAACUUGUUGUGGACAACAGAUCUAGCUGCGAUUAUGAAGGAGCUGCUGUUCCAUCUGCUAGCAGAACUACUUCGGAAAAUUCAUCAUCUAGAGCAAAAGAAGAAUCCUGCGGGCCUGUCAUCCUCCAUAGUGCUUCAGCUGAAUCCAUGUCUAGCUAUGCUUAUGGCUUUGCAGACAGAGUUGCGCAAGUUGUAUGAUGAGGAGACCCAAAGCUGGAGUUCUGGCAAUGCGUGUGGGAGCUCUGUUCCUGGAGUUAUUGAACAAGGGAGGUUUUCAACCUAUUUUCAUGCUCUCAUGGAGGUUUGCCUGGCUGUGGCAGAAGUUACUCUCCCCAUUAAUAUGAGUUCUGCAGUGAGUGUGAUGUCAACAAAUGCCACAAAUCUUAGUGAUUCAUCAUCAUCUUCAUCAUCUUCUCCUGGGCAGACUCCACAAAGUCCAAGCCUCCUAUCAAAGCGAAAGAAAGUCAAGAUCAAACGCGAGAAAGCAGCAACUGCAAAGCGUACAUCUUCGCGAGGGGCUGAGAAUAAUCCUGCCUUGCUUAGUAUGGGAGGAAGCAAGCCAGAGGACAUGCUGUGGUUCCACAGGGCACUGACUCUGCUAAUGAUUCUGCGACAUCUCACUAAUAAAGAUCCACAAGGUUUGGGUGUCACAAAUGAUGCCAUAGCAGAUGCCAGUCAGGCACUGGUUGGACCUACUGCCCAUAACCGCUUGCUUGUUAUUUCAGGGAUCCCUACUCACCUAGAAGAAUCUGUUGUUAGAGGAGCUAUUCGUAAAGCAUGCAAUGCCCAUGGUGGGGUUUUCAAAGAUGAGAUUUACAUUCCUCUUCAAGACUCAGAAACACCAAAACCUAAAGAGAAGACAGAAGGAGCUGAAUGUAAAAUUGAGGCAGGAAAAACAGUGAUGAUUCCUGAUAACAUGGAUGUUAGCAGUUCUAGCAGUGUGACCCCUGCAGUGAGUGUCAGUGCAUCUGCUUCGACAAGUCAGGCUUCCUUGUGCAGCUCUCAGGGAGUUUCACAAACUGCCAGUGAAACAUCUAUUGAGCAGUUUACUCCAGAACUUGCUGUACCAUCAGGUCUUCUGGAGCCAAAUGCAGUGUCUAGCCAGGAGAGUCUAGACCUUUCAAUAUGCAGCACUGGAAGCAUGGGCAGUUUAGGCAGCCUCGUAGAGCAGCUGGACAAUAUAGAGACCACAUCUUUGCCAGAUGUUGGCACCAUGUUUACAACUGCUUCACUGGACAAUCAUACACUGAUGUCAAGACCAAUCAAAGGAUUUGCAGUUGUUGAGGUGCGGUCACGGGCCAAAAUAGAAAAAAUCCGAGCAAGUUUAUUUAACAGCAGUGACUUGAUUGGUUUGUCUAGUCUAGAUGGUGAGGAUGAGCUUAUGGAAAUGUCAACUGAGGAAAUCCUAACAGUCUCCACUGUAAACCAGAGCUUGUUUGAUACUCAAGGAAUUCCGGGUUUGGGAGAUUAUUUCACUGAUAAAUCCAUGAAAGGUGAUAAAUUAGUCCCAGAAGCUCGAGAGAUUCUCACAGAAAUAUUCAAAAGCUGCAUUCAUGCUGAGCAGAUGCUAAGCUUAACUCCUGCCAAGUUCAUUAAAGUAUCAGACAUGUAUCUAAGCAAGGAGCAGAUCAAUACACAGACCCCAGGAAACCUGCUACACACCUUCUUCACAAAUGUUCGCCCCCCAAAAAAAGUUCUGGAAGAUCAGUUGACACAGAUUCUGCGGAAAUACGGCAUUCCUAAACCAAAAUUUGACAAAAGCAAAUAUAGUAAAUCUGGAAAGGAGCAGCACCCAGUAAAAGUUGUGAGCACUAAGCGGCCAGUGGGCAAACCUUCCACUAAAGACAAAGCUGUUUUGAACAGUGUACGAACCGCUUUAAGUGAGAAGAAACCAAUUGUGAAACCAAAAUCUCCAGAUAAGUGCCGACCAGAUGAGAAGGACCCUGACAAAUCUCCUACUAAGAAACAAGAAAUUGCUGAGGAAAAGUAUUUGACACUAGAAGGGUUCCAUAAGUUUGUGGUUGAUAAAUCUAAACAGGACAUACGGAGCAUCUGGAGAGCCAUACUAGCUUGUGGAUACGACCUCCACUUUGAAAGGUGUGCCUGCAUUGAUACGCGACAUGCCCAGAAAUACAGUAGAAAAUGGAAUCUUGAAAUGGACGUGGCUCUAGUUCAAUAUAUCAACCGGCUGUGCCGUCACCUUGCAAUAACACCGGCCCGGCUGCACCCUCAUGAGGUCUAUUUGGAUACUUCGGACACUGCUGACCCCAGGGUGUCCUGUCUGCUGAAUGUUCCCAUAGAAAGUCUCCGGCUCAGAUUUGCUCUUCUUCAGUCGCUGAACACCACUCUGGAAACCUUUUUCUUGCCACUUGUGGAGUUACGGCAAACAGACAUGUACAUGCACAGUAUUCCAGCAUUGCUGCAACAAGCUAAAGGACUAAUCUUCUAUGAUACAAAAGUAACUGUGAUGAAUCGUGUGUUAAAUGCAACUGUGCAGAGAACGGCUGACCAUGCGGCACCAGAGAUCAGCCUCGACCCCCUGGAAAUUGUGGGAGGUGAAAUUCGGACCUCUGAGAACUCCUACUUUUGCCAAGCAGCUCGCCAACUGGCAUGUGUGCCAUCCUCCCAGCUUUGUGUCAAACUAGCAAGCGGAGGAGAUCCUACUUACGCUUUCAAUAUUCGUUUUACUGGAGAAGAAGUGCACGGAACAAGUGGCUCUUUCCGACAUUUCCUCUGGCAAGUGUGUAAAGAACUACAGAGCUCCUCCCUGUCCCUUCUUCUGCUUUGCCCCAGCUCCGCGGUCAAUAAAAAUAAGGGGAAAUUCCUUCUGACCCCAAGCCCUAUAACCUAUGCUGAGGAGCAGUUACUCCAUUUCUUUGGUCAGCUCCUUGGUAUAGCGAUCCGAGCAGACGUGCCCCUACCCCUGGAUCUGCUGCCUUGUUUUUGGAAGAUGCUUGUGGGAGAGGCGCUGGAUCCUGAAACUGAUCUUUAUGAGGCAGAUAUUCUAACCCACAACUAUAUCAAGAAGUUUGAAAAUGUAAAUGAUGAGGCUGAUCUGGAAACGCUCUGCGCUGAAAUAGCGGCACAACAUCUUCCUACUGAGAGCCCAGACUCCCCCAACAAACCAAGCUUGAAAUUUACAUACCUGACAAUGACAGGGGAAGAGGUGGAACUUUGUGCAAAAGGAAGACACAUCCCUGUUGUCUGGGAAAACAAAGACAUAUAUGCAGCAGGAAUCCGAAACCUCCGUGUGCGGGAACUGAAGAACCAAGACUGUAUGAAUGCAGUACAGGCUGGCCUGGGUUCCAUCAUCCCCCUGCAGCUUCUAACCAAUCUGACUGCCCUGGAGAUGGAGCUUAGAACCUGUGGGCUGCCAUUUAUCAAUCUGGAGUUUUUAAAGGCUCACACGAUGUAUCAGGUGGGUCUCAUGGAGACUGAUCAGCACAUAGAGUUUUUCUGGUGUGCUUUGGAGAUGUUUACUCAGGAAGAACUUUGUAAGUUCAUCAAAUUUGCUUGCAAUCAGGAGCGUAUUCCCUUCACAUGUCCAUGUAAAGAUGGGGGACCAGACACUGCACAUGUCCCACCAUAUCCCAUGAAAAUAGCGCCACCCGAUGGAGCAACAGGUUCCCCUGACUCCAGAUACAUCCGUGUGGAAACCUGCAUGUUCAUGAUAAAGCUCCCUCAGUACUCUUCCCUUGAAAUAAUGCUUGAGAAACUGAAGCACGCCAUCCACUAUCGGGAAGACCCACUCAGUGGUUGACCAUAAUCUGACCAGCAGAGGAGUAGGUGAAAGAAUGGAGGACACAGUCCAUUUAGGACUUAUAAUUGCUCACAAGCAAGAACUGUCACGUACCCCGUGGACAGAACACAGAGGAAACAAGAUUACUGAACUUUUAUUUUUUAUUUUUUCCUUUCUGCCCAAACUCGCACAAUUACCUCUUGUAUUUGUGAAGUCUCUGGUGGGGUUUUUGCCUUGUUUGUGAAUUGUUUUGUAGAAUAAUUUUAGUACUGAUUGAUGUGAGCAGAAUACUUGAUUUUCUCCCCAAAUGCUACGCUCUAGAGUCUUUAGAACACCUAGUAUUUGGGGCAAAACUUAAAGAAAAACAAUGUCCAGUUAUUUUAUACCGUGACUGGAGGAACAGGAGAUAAUAAGAAAUAACAGGCUUUCUGUAAAUAAGAAUACACACCGUAAUAUUAUUUAAUGAUAAAUUAUUUCCAGAAUACAGGAAUGUAUCACACUGGAUAUGGAGCUGUGAAAAAAAAGUAUGUUUUUUUAUUUUAGUUAUUUUGCAAAGUAAUAUUUAAGUUAUAAUAGUUCUAAUAAGCACUGGAUUCGGCUGGCUGUACAUAGUCUAAUGUUGUGGGAAAUAUUCAUCUUACUAUCUUGGCAAUUUUGGUUGGUCUUUUCUCAGUAUUUAGAAAUAUAUAGGAACACGAGCUGCACAGGGAUAUUUUUUUUAUUAAGAAGUAUUUUUAUUUAAAAAGUUGUUUUUAUUUGAAAUAUAUGACUCGGCUCAGCUUCUUAGACUGAUGGGGUCCAGGUGUGAGGGAGCAUUCUCCGGAGAACUUGAAUCUGUGGCCUUAUGGUGCUGAGAAUGGGAAGGUGUCUGGGCUCGUACAGAGUUAUACAAUGCACUGUAUUUGUUAAGGGCUCUGUUCAUAUGCAGCACGUAAUGUGAUGGCAGAAGAGAGUGUUAUAUGUGGGUGGAUCCUCGUGGGAGCUGUGAGACUAAUGUACACAAAAGGAUUUUAAUAACAUCCGUAAAAAAAUUUGGAUAAUACCAGCUCAUGUCAUCAGAGAUGGACUUUCACAGAGGGCAAGGAAAUACGUGCAUUUUGAUUUUACACAGUAGACCUAAUAUGUAUUGGAAGGAAAAAUUGUUUUCCUUGUAAACCACAAAAGUAGGCGCAAGCGAAAGCUGCCGAUGGAAAAAAAUUGACCCAAUUGGAUCUCACCCCUGAUCCAGAACAAUUUACACACAAAAUCAUACAAGGUAGGGUCAAUGAAUUCCUUUGGCAAUAUGUAUUGGUCUCACUUGUCAAAUAUGCAGAGAACCUGGAGUCAUUAUUAUGACCAGUGUACAGUAAACUAAGUUAUUUGCAACCACACGUUGCAGCACCAGUAAGGCUGUAUAGAGCGCUGUGUGCCAGGGGGAAAGAACGGUCAGCACCAGGUAAAAAGUGUGACCGAUAAGAGGUAAGUAACUUGAAGCCUAGACAUUUGGCAGAAUAUUAUUAGUGCAACAUAAGCCGUAUAUCGUUUGUUCCUUCUAAUUGACCAGCACUUAUUUAGGUAAAUAAAGGCACCAGAAGUAAUAGUAUAAUCAGUCUCCGAUAAGUAUAUUACAUAUUGGAGCAGAUACACUCUUGCAACCUUAACUCACUAACAGAACAUUGAGCUAAAGUGAAAAUGGCCCAAACUGAGUGGGAUGAUGCCUUACUCAGAGAUUAUUGCAGCUCAGACUUAAGCCCGUUAAAGUCUUCUUUAGUGGUGGAUGCAGUCUGGGAGUAAAGGUUCAGGUGCUGCUGGAAAUGACAACACUAUAUCUAUGCAGUGACAACAUGUGAGUGGCACAGUCCAGUGAUGGGGAUACAGUUCUACAGGAUACAUAGCCUGAACUAAUGACACGGACAGUAUAACUGUAGACCAUGAUAAUGUAGUGUGGGAAUAAAUUGCUUUACUAUGUUAGCCAGGGAGAUAUUGCUACAUUAUUUAUAUCACUAAAAGAUUUUAAGCCAAUUAACUAUCAGAUUAAGUUGUUUGUCCCUCCGCUGAUAUUAAUUCAGUAUACAUUAUAUACGUCUGUUCUCCCAUUACAUACAUGCUUAUAAGACGUUGAGCACCACAUUAAUGGCAUUACUAUGCAAUGCGUAUUAUGCCAUACUAUUACCUUUAUGUCUGGGUACAUGUAAUGCAGCAAUUAUUUAGCUUUGGCAAUAUUGGACAUGUUCUCUGUUCAGGAAGUACCCAUAUUAUCAGUAGGACUUACAGAUGUACUUAGGUUGUUGUGGGCUCUUCUUAGCUUUGCUUGCUAAAUGGUCACUGAAGGUUGUUGGAAGUGGAGUUUUGGUAAAGCAGACGUGACAAAUCCCAGUUCAGGACCUGUGCAUGCUGUAGAGCCAACAGGACAGCAAAGCUGCAUUGUUUCAGGGGAUCACUAAACACUAAUGUCAAAGAAACCAACAAAAGAGUCUGAGUUCUGCAAAUGUUAUAGGUUAUGUUUAUAUUAUUAUUCCAGUCACCAACACUACAACAUCCUACAACAUCCUCCCCAGGAAAUUAGCUACUCUGAAAAGAUCUUUGUUUUAGCAAUUUGCAGAGGGUCCUGGCCAUCAGACUGGGAAAGGUAAAUGUGCUGCUACCGUGAGUUAGAAGUGCUCCUUUCUCCCGCACUACCGCCUCCAAUAAACGCCACCAGUUUUGCCAGGUAAAAGAUUAUUAUGGCGCCGGAGGAGAAUGACUCACUUGAAAUAGAAACACUUUUUAGCAUGGGUUUAAGUGCAACAUAUCUACUUUUUGAGCCCUGAAAGUGUGCUGUACAGUUGAUGUAUAUUUAUUAUUGCAGUUAUCUAUGGUUGCAUAUAACAAAUCCUUUAACUCAAUGCCAUUUCCCUUGUCUGUAUUGGUAUUAAAGACACUGCUCUCUGUACAUGAAGCAUAAUAAAUAAGGAAAAGUGUCAUAAGAAUAAACAUUUGAAUUUGAAUGUC